AUGCGUCAGUUGGAAAAGAUCAGCGUCACGUUCCUGACGGAUGCGAUGACAUCCAGAUUUAUCAAUGUGAUAACAGGAAUCGUGCUAGGAAUGUAUAAGUUGUUUCGGCUGAUUGUGCAUGAAGAGGCUUGUGAGAGAUCGCGGGCUGGAAUUCGACUACAAAAUUUGGUAGCAAACGCUUAUUUGGAAUGUCACACUCAAGCAUAG